CAUCGUGAUCAUGCGGUUGAUGUGGUCUCGAGGGCAUGAUCAGAGGGUGAGCAAGUCUAGAGGCUUGAAAGGUUCAAACCUGUAUGGCUGUAUCAGCACGGCUCUUCUCCCAGUACCGUGGCAUGGGGUGAAAAUGGAAUAUGACAUGACUGUCUCAUUGUCACUGUCGUCUCUCCCAACUCCUAAUGCCGUUUAGAGUUUCUUCACAAUCAAUGCUUCUUGACUUCGACAAUUCGACUUCUUCGGUCUUCUCUCUGAAAUCUAUAUCAUUAUCUUCCUCAACUGGUUCUUCUCUUAUUCACACUUCCAUGGCUUCCUCCUUUUCUUUAGCUCCUUGCCUUCUCUUCCUCCUUUUCUUCUUUUUCAUCGUUAAUGGCGCUGCACAAUCUCAGUCUUCAUCUCUUGAUUUUGUGUACAAUGGUUUCAAUCACACAGAAAACAACUUCACUCGGAAGGGUGCCACUAUUAUAAAACCCAGUGGCGCACUUAAGCUCACCAACAGGUCACGUGAUGUAAUCGGGCAUGCAUUCUAUCCUGACCCAAUCAAUCUGUGGAACUCUUCCAACAAUAUUUCUUCAUUCAGCACCUCCUUUGUUUUCUCAAUCAUUCCCUCCGGCUCUGACGGAGGCGGCUACGGCCUCGCAUUUUUGUUAUCACCAUCUACAGACCUACAAGGGGCUGACAGUGGGCAUUUUCUGGGAAUUCUCAACUCCACAAAUGAUGGUGAUGAAUCAAACCACAUCUUUGCGGUUGAAUUCGAUACAGUUAACGGACACAAUGAAGGCAAAAGCAGUGAAGGUAAUCAUGUUGGAAUCAACAUCAAUAGCAUGGAUUCAGUUGCAACAGAACCUGCUUCAUAUUAUGUCAAUGAUACAGACAAGAAGGAAGAGGUAAAUUUGGACAGUGGACAUAUCCAAGCUUGGAUCGACUACGCGGAUGGUGUUGUGAAUGUCACAAUCGCUCCAUUAUCGAUUCCGGACAAACCAAUGAAACCACUCAUGUCUAAAGGAAUCGAGCUAUCUAGGGUUGUCACGAACAGUAUGUAUGUUGGUUUUUCUGCAUCCACGGGAGAAGAGAGGAGCUCUCAUUACAUAUUGGGAUGGAGUUUUUGCAUCAAUGGAACAGCUCGUCCGCUCAAUCUUUCUAUACUCCCAGUGCCACCAAUUGAAACAGACUCAUCCUCUCUGCAUACUGGAAUUAAGGUUUUAAUUACGGGUUUAGCUGUGAUCCUUUUAGUGUUUGGAGCAUGGUUGAUUCGUUUGUUGUAUAGAAGGAAGAUGAAGCCUGAAGAUCUCGAAGAUUGGGAGUUGGAUUAUCCUCACAGGUUCAGGUAUAAGGAUCUUUACACAUCCACAAAAGGUUUCAAGGUCAGUGAGGUGAUUGGAGUGGGUGGCUUCGCCACAGUGUACAAGGGUGUGUUACCUACAAAUGGGAACGAAGUUGCAGUCAAGAAGAUAGUCCAGAAUUUAACUCAUGGAAUGAGGGAAUUCGCUGCGGAAAUCGAAAGCUUGGGAAGAUUAAGGCACAAGAACCUGGUCAAUCUUCAGGGAUGGUGCAAGCACAAGAAUGACCUCCUUCUUGUCUACGAUUACAUCCCGAAUGGAAGUCUUGACUCUCUCCUCUUUCACCCCCCUGACGACUUUGUUUUGAGCUGGGAUCAGAGAUUCAACAUCCUCAAAGGCAUCGCUGCUGGGCUGCUAUAUCUGCAUGAAGAAUGGGAGAAAGUGGUAAUCCACCGCGACGUCAAGGCCAGUAAUGUCCUCAUAGACCCUGACAUGAACGGCAGGCUUGGAGAUUUCGGCCUUGCAAGGCUAUAUGAUCACGGCAAAAACUCCCAUACCACGAGCGUGGUUGGCACAAUAGGGUAUAUUGCACCUGAGUUGACUCGCACUGGGAAGGCCUCCACAUCCUCUGACGUGUUCGCAUACGGGGUUCUACUCCUUGAAGUGGCCUGUGGGAAAAGGCCUAUUCGCCCAGCCGAUUCACAGUCUUCAGAUCACUUCAUAUUGAUGGACUGGGUGUUUGAAUGCUAUCAAGUGGGUCAAAUUCUGGACGCAGUGGAUCCAAGGAUGAAGUCAGUGUAUGUUGUUGAAGAGGUGGAGCUGGUUUUGCGAUUAGGCCUCUUCUGUAGUCACCCAAGACCAGAAGCCAGGCCUACCAUGAGACAAGUGACGCGAUAUCUCAGUAGAGAUGAUCCGCUUCCUAUCGUUGACGAUUGGGCUGCCCCUGAUUCUUCGCGGUUCAGCGAUAUAAGCCCAAGAUUCUUACAAAUUGUUUCAACAGAUACAAUCACAAGUUCUUGUCGUUCAUCUUCAGUCGGCUACAUCUCUUCCGGCUCCAUACGAGCUGGCAGAUAGUGAGUUGUAGGUAGCUCUUAACGUGUACAAUUUUUUUUAUCCUUCAUUAAGGUUUAUCUUCAAUUUACAUUUAUCAAUCAGUCACCUUCCAGUAUGCCAUAUGCGCAUACUUGUGUAGGCUGCUUGUUUACGAUGUUUUUGAGUCUUAAUUAGUUCAGUUUCUCAUCACAAAUCCCGAUAUUGUUUAGGAGGGGAACAAUUGUUUUUAGGUUCAUGGCAGCAUGAUUUCUUACUCUGGGGAAGUGGGAUCGAUCCAUGUAUAUGACAACCGGAAACAUUGUUCUUAUGAUUUUUUAUUAAAAUUCUCAAGUAUCCAUCUUGGUUGUUA